AUGAACAACACUUUAAGAACACCAAAAACAACGCCUAUAACGGACGAUUAUGAUAUCUCAAACACGGUCCUCGGCCUCGGGAUCAACGGAAAAGUCGUCGAAUGCCAUGAAAAGCGUACGGGUGUUAAAAGAGCCUUAAAAGUUCUUCACGAUAGCACGAAAGCCAGGAGAGAAGUUGAACUGCAUUGGCGAGCAAGUGGCUGCAUACAUAUAGUCGAGAUAAUAGACGUGUAUGAUAACACGUAUGGCGGUAAGAGAUGUCUUCUGGUUGUGAUGGAGUGUAUGGACGGUGGGGAGCUGUUCCAGAGGAUCCAGGAUAAUAGAGAAGGAGCCUUCACGGAGAGACAGGCUGCUGAGAUAAUGCAUUCGAUAUGCGUAGCUGUGAGACAUUUGCAUGAUUCGAACAUAGCUCAUAGGGAUAUAAAACCGGAGAAUCUUUUGUAUACAAGCAUGGAACCGAACGCGGUUCUAAAAUUAACCGACUUCGGUUUCGCCAAAGAGACUUUGAACCAUGCUGACACAUUGCAAACACCGUGCUACACACCAUACUAUGUUGCACCCGAGGUGCUGGGUCCAGAAAAGUAUGAUAAGUCAUGUGAUAUAUGGUCUCUGGGCGUUGUGAUGUACAUUCUAUUGUGUGGUUUCCCACCAUUCUAUUCAAAUCACGGUUUGGCUAUAUCACCAGGCAUGAAAAAGCGUAUUCGUCUCGGUCAAUAUGAUUUCCCCGAGCCGGAGUGGUCAAAUGUAUCGGCUGAAGCUAAAAAUCUCAUUAAGGGCAUGCUGUCUGUGGAUCCCACCAAGAGAUUGUCCAUACAACAGGUUAUGUCAAGUCCAUGGAUUCGUCAAUUCACUCAAGUACCACAGACGCCGCUAUACACACAUACACUAUUACGAGAAUCUGGCGACGCCUGGGCGGAUGUUAGAGACGAAAUGACGAGAUCUUUAGCCACUAUGAGGGUAGAUUACGAUCAGGUUCAAAUAAAAGCUCUAGAACAAAGUAAUAAUUCUCUUUUGAACAAGCGCAGAAACAAAGUAGGGGCUUGA